AUGAGAAUGGAGUACAAGAGCUGCAAGCAACCAGAGGUGAAUUAUAGGAAGGGGUUAUGGUCACCAGAUGAGGAUCAAAAGCUCAGAGAUUACAUUCUGAUGCAUGGAGUCAGCUGUUGGAGUGCAGUUCCUGCCAAAGCUGGCUUGCGACGAAACAGGAAGAGUUGCAGACUGAGGUGGAUCAAUUACCUCAGGCCAGGUUUGAAACGCGGAAAACUUUCUCUGCAGGAGGAGGAAACAAUUCUGAAGCUUCAGUCCAAAAUUGGGAACAAGUGGUCACUAAUAGCACUGCAUCUGCCUGGAAGAACUGAUAAUGAAGUGAAGAACUACUGGAACUCCUACCUGAAGCAGAAAACCUCAAAACCUCAAGAAUCAGACACUCAUAGCUUGAAGCACUCAGCUCUAAAUCUGUCCAUCCCAAGGCUUACCAAGCUUGAAGAACAAAAUGACCAUAUUCUAUCAUGCCUGGAGGACUCCGAACAAUCUGUGACUCCCAGCACUGGUGAUGGCUCCCCAAAAGGGAUGGCAGCAGAUCACCUUCCUAAGGUUUUAUUUGCUGAUUGGUUUUCCUUUGAACAGGACAACUGGGAAAGCUUGUUCAACCUGGAUGAUGUGAGAUCUUCACAAGUUGAUGAUGCCAUUGUUCUCAAUGGAUUCAAAUUUAGCAACACUUACAACGACUUUUAG